UACUCCAUUUAAGAAAAUGCAGAAACACUAUCUGGACUUUCCCUCCUCUUCUCCCUUCUCUUUACGGCUCAUUCUCUCUUCCUAAUCAUUUUUCUCCCGAAAAUGAAGAAUGCCCAUUUCGCUGUUUUUAUUUUCCUGCUCUCUCUUCUCUCUUUAAUUCUCUCAGUUCACUCUCAGUCCAGUCCAGAUGCUGCAGCAAUGCAAGCUCUCAAAACCAGCUUAGGCAACCCGGCAAGCUUGGGCUGGACCGAUCCUAACCCGUGUAAGUGGGAAUACGUUGCCUGUUGGGAGGACCAUCGGGUCUACGUGAUCCGAAUCGGGUCACAGAGCCUGAAAGGAACUCUCCCACCGGACCUCAGGAACUUAACUUCUCUGACUACACUUGAUGUGAUGAAGAACGAACUGAGUGGGCCUAUCCCAAGUCUUGCUGGGUUGAGUUCUCUUCAAGAAGUGCUUUUUAAUGACAACAAUUUUACAUAUUUCCCCCCGGAUUUCUUUUCUGGGUUAACUUCUUUGCAAAAUAUAAGCCUUGAUUAUAACUCCUUUGAGGCUUGGGAGAUUCCUGUGAGUUUAACAAAUGCAACGACUUUGCAGCAAUUUUCUGCAAACGGGGCUAAUGUUACAGGAGCUAUUCCUGGGUUUCUUGGGGGAGAUGUAUUUCCAGAAUUAAAGAGUUUGAAUUUAGCCAUGAACAACCUCCAUGGGCAACUUCCGGAGAGUUUUGCUGGGUCAGCAAUUGAGACACUUUGGUUGAAUGGCCAAAUCAGUGACACUAAGCUAAAUGGAUCAGUUUCUCUGCUACAAAACAUGACUUCUUUGACUCAGGUUUGGCUUUAUUCGAACCAAUUUACGGGUCCUUUGCCAGAUUUAUCAGGGCUUACUGGCUUGAAGGACUUCAGCUUGAGAGAUAAUCAGUUGACGGGUAUUGUUCCUUCAUCUUUGGUUAAUCUUCCUGGACUUUCUACGGUCAAUUUGACUAAUAAUUUGCUUCAGGGUCCGACUCCAAAGUUUGAUACUUCUAAAAUUAGGGUGGAUAUGAGAACUGGGUCUAAUAGCUUUUGUUUAGACGAUCCUGGUUUUCCUUGUGCUAGUCAGGUUAAUAUUUUGUUAUCAAUUGCCGAAUCUGUGGGUUAUCCUGUGGUGUUUGCACAGAGUUGGAAAGGAAAUAAUCCUUGUGAUGCCUCUCAGAUAUGGAAGGGGAUUUCGUGUGAUAGUGGUGGAAGCAUCACGGUUGUUAAUUUCCAAAAUUUGGGGCUCACCGGCACUAUUUCUUCGAAUUUCUCUCAGCUUACAUCGUUGAGACAUUUGUUACUAUCUGGUAAUUCACUUACUGGUACUAUACCUACUGAGCUUACAACUUUGUCUAAACUUGAGAAAUUAGAUGUGUCAAAUAAUCAUAUUUUUGGUAAAGUGCCGAAGUUUAGACAGAACGUGAUUGUUAACAUUCAUGGGAACCCUGAUAUUGGAAAAGAUAACAGUAGUUUCACGCCGGGAACACCACCAGGGGGUUCAUCUGGAACUCCUGGUACUCAUAGCGGAGAAACCAGUUCCCCAGGUGGUGGGAGCAAGAAUACUGGAAAAAUUGUUGGUUCUGUGAUCGGUGCUGUUUGUGGUGCGUUUAUUGUUGGAUUAGGUGUCUGUUUGUAUACCAGGAAACGAAAGCGUUCCAGUAGAGUACAGAGUCCGAAUACUGUGGUGAUACAUCCUCAGAAUGCAGGGGAUGGAAAUGCAGUCCUGACUGCAGCUUCAAGGUGGAGUAUUAAUGGAGAUGAGUUUGCAACCAUUCAAGUUCUGAGAAAUGUAACUAAUAACUUCAGUGAGGAAAAUAUAUUGGGAAAAGGAGGUUUCGGGACUGUUUACCGAGGGGAAUUGCACGAAGGGAAGAAAAUUGCAGUCAAACGGAUGGAAUCCGGAGUGGUGAGUGAGCAGGGCUUGGCAGAGUUUAAGUCUGAGAUUGAAGUUCUUACUAAAGUUCGACAUCGCCAUUUGUUGGCACUCCUUGGUUUUUGCUUGGAUGAAAAUGAGAGGCUUCUUAUUUAUGAAUACAUGCCUAUGGGAACCCUCAGCAAGCAUCUGUUCAAGUGGAAGGAGGAAGGUUUGAAACCACUCGAGUGGCCAAGAAGAUUGACCAUUGCCCUGGAUGUCGCCAGAGGUGUUGAGUAUUUACAUGGUUUAGCACAUCAAAGUUUUAUUCAUAGGGACCUUAAACCAUCUAACAUUCUUCUCGGAGAUGAUAUGAAGGCUAAGGUUGCAGAUUUUGGAUUGGUCCGACUUGUUCCAGAUAAUGGAAAACAUUCAAUUGAGACAAGAGUAGCUGGCACUUUUGGGUAUCUUGCUCCAGAGUAUGUAGAGACUGGACGAGCGACUAUUAAGGUUGAUGUAUAUAGCUUUGGAGUAAUCUUGAUGGAGUUAAUCACAGGUAGAAAAGCCGUUGAUGCAUCUGACCCAGAAAAUGUUGUGCAUCUGGUUACAUGGUUCCGCGAAAUGUGUAGUAACAAGAACACAUUCCAGAAGGCCAUUGAUCAGAGUAUUGAACUCAAUGAGGAAGCGCUAGCCAGUAUAACCACAGUUGCUGAGUUGGCUGACCACUGCUGCGAAAAAAACCCGUACAAAAGGCCUGGAAUGGGUCAUGUUGUACAAGUUCUAUCAUCUUCAGCUGAAUUGUGGAAACCAACAGAAACAAUUUCUUAUGACAUGCAUGAAAUGGAACUUGACAUAGCCUUACCUAAAUCCCAUUCAUUGCAGCCAGAAUCACUUUCGCCUCUGUCUGAGGUGCAGGUGUCGCACCAUUCUUUAUAAAUUUAUUGUACCAACUCUGAGUUCAGUUGCCACUUGUAAAUUAGACCUGAUUUUAGGUUGCAAUAAUAAACUUUC